GGAAACGAACGAUCAAGUUCUGAGGAUAUGAAACGACUACCAAUUGAAUUGAUAACUAAAAUAACUAAUUAUUGCAAUAAAUCAACGCUCAAGUCAUUGCGUCUCGUGAACAAGCAUUUGAACGAUUUGACGGUCGACUCUGUAAUGGAAUGCUGCAAGUAUGAUAGGAGUCUAAUAAAGAGUGAGAACAGAAACCUGGUUAAGCACUUAAUUGUUUUGGAUUCACUCAAUUUGGACAGUUUGGUAGCUAUCCUCCCAUCGUUCAAUCAGCUUCAAUCUAUUACUCUCAAUCCAAAAUCUGCUCAGGUGGUUUUUGAAGACCCGGAGUUAGACUCUACUAUGGCACUCCAGAAGGCUUGUCCUACUUUGAACCAAGUUACCUUCGAUGGUGAUCAAGUUUUCAAAAUCGUAACUCAACCGGCCGGAAUCGAAUUUUUUAAGACAAAGAUCAGCGCAUGCAAUGAUAACAGCUUUUGCGAUAGUUGUGAUUGCUCACCCAAUCGCUUCCAACCCAAACUUAUGCUUAGAAAGAGACGAACAUUAAGAGUUGCAUAUUAAGUAGGCAUUAUUCUUAAGAUACCAAUCACUUAACGGACAAUCAUGAUGAUAACCAAUGUAACAUAAUUUUAAACCAUUUUAUUCUCUACAUAAAUCACCUAUUUACACUUCU